UUUUUUUUUUUUCAACCUCCCUUUUUCUUCUCUCCUUUGAUUUUCUCUGUUUGGGUUCACGGCGACGAGAAAACGAUUCGGGUCUACGAUGCUGCUCUUUCUUCACCGGCCUUUCGAGGCGCUGGCGACGAAGCUUGCGGCUUCUCCAGACGAACUCAAGUUGACCUUUUCGUUCCUGCUUUCGUAUCCGCUGGCCGGAAUCCUCAAGCGCCUGCCGGACGCGAAGCCCCUGCAGAAGAACAUCUUCAUCAUCCUCGUCUCCCUCUUCUAUCUCGUCGGCCUGUUCGAUUUGUGGGAUGGCAUCGUCACGCUUCUCAUCAGCGCUGGCGGCACCUACGCCAUCGCCAAAUACCUACGCGGCAGCCCCUACAUGCCCUGGAUCGGCUUCGUCUUCGUCAUGGGCCACAUGUCCGUCAGCCACAUCUAUCGCCAGAUAGCCAACGACCCGUCCGCAGUCGACAUUACCGGCGCGCAGAUGGUCCUUGUCAUGAAGCUCUCGGCCUUCUGCUGGAACGUCGCCGACGGCCAAUUGCCAGCCGAUCAGCUGUCCGAGUUCCAACAGAGUCGCGCAUUGAAAGAGCUUCCCCCGCUCGUCGACUACACCGCAUAUGUGCUCUUCUUCCCGGCGCUGUUUGCCGGUCCGGCCUUUGACUACGCCGAGUACCACCGAUGGAUCGAUACGUCCAUGUUCGAUGUCCCCUCCCAGGUCGAUCCCGCCAAGAAGCCCCCCGUGCGUAAGAAGCGCAAGAUUCCUCGUAGCGGCACGCCCGCCACCAUCAAGGCCGUAACUGGGCUGGUAUGGAUCGGUCUGUUUGUUAGCCUCUCCAGCAGAUACAGCCCGACGCUCGUUCCCACCGCAGCAUUUGCCCAGCGAUCAUUUUUGCACCGCAUAUGGUACAUCCACAUGGCCAGCAUGGUGACCCGCUUCAAGUUCUAUGGCGUAUGGGCGCUGACUGAAGGCGCCUGCAUCCUGACCGGCCUGGGCUACAACGGCGUCGACCCCGUCACCGGUAAAGUUUCGUGGAACCGACUCCAGAACGUCGACCCUUGGACCGUUGAGACGGCCCAGAACCCGCGAGCGUACUUGGCCGGGUGGAACAUGAAUACCAACAACUGGCUGCGCAACUACAUCUACUUGCGCGUCACGCCUCGGGGCAAGAAGCCCGGAUUCCGUGCCAGCAUGACGACGUUUGUGACGAGCGCUUUCUGGCAUGGCUUUUACCCGGGUUACUAUCUCAGCUUUGUGCUGGCAAGUCUCAUUCAAACUUCAGCCAAGAACUUCCGCCGCCUCGUCCGCCCCUUCUUCCUCGAUCCCAUCACCGGCGGUCCUACUCCUAAGAAGAAGUACUACGACUUUGUUACCUAUCUUGCCACCCAGCUUACCUUUACCUUCACGACGCUGCCCUUCCUCAUCCUCAGCUUUGGCGACUCCCUCCGCGCGUGGGCCAAUGUAAACUUUUACGCUUUCGCAUGGACCAUUGCCGCCAUGGUCUUCUUCGCGUCUCCCGGAAAGGUGGUGCUCAAGAAGAAGCUCGAGGCUCGCCAGGGUAAGGCAAGUGCCCGCCUGAAGCGAUCCAUCAGCAGCGAGAGCCUGUCCGGAAUGGAGCCCAUCUUGGGCAUUUCGAAGGAGCCGGAUGAGGAUCUUGCCGAGGCUGUGAACGAGUUUAAGGCGGAGAUUGCGGCGUUGCAGAAGAGGAAGACGCGGUGAAGUUAAUGAUGGUGAUAGUGUGAUAAAAUUUUUUUUGGAUACUGGUUGGUACGGAGCACAAUUGAAUGAGUUAUGACUAUAGACUUGGUGGGUGUGUAUUAUGGGAUGCUUAGACAGGGGAGUGAGUGAAAGCAAUGAUGAGUCUGAAUAGGCCUUUGCGGGUUUCUCUCUUCUCGCUUCUUCUUCUUCUUUCUUCUUCUCAAUCAUGUUAAUGACAUUUUUUUUUUUUUUUUU